ACGCGUCAGAGUGAUGAACUAUAGUGAAUAAAAUGUGAAUAAUCUGCGAAUUAACUGUGAAUAAACCCCAGUGAUGUUCAUCGCGUCGUUAAAGAUCAGUGUUCUUUCGAGUUGAUUUAAUAUUAUAUAAUAAUAUCGUCUAACCAACGCGUUAAUCGAUAAUCGGGAAAACAAUGAGAGACCGCCGAGUAUGAUAUCGUUUCGGUCACACGCGCACUAGUUUGAGCCGGUUUUGUAUGGUUUUGAUGAUUUUAAAACAUUUUUGUCGGUUGUUGAAUUCGUUUUGUUCCAAUGGCGAAGGGUUCGUCUUCUGGCAGUGCCCAAAGCCCUAAGAGGAAAAACAGCAAAUCUAGUAGAGCCAACAGAAACCAACCAACCUUAAAUGGAUCAGAUACAAGUCAAUCGAGAAGUAUGACCAACGCAAAAACGGAACAUACCAAAUCAGUACCAUUGGCACCUCCUUCCACUCAGGAGCCAUGGACACUGAAAAAUCCGAUUCCCUUAGUAUUAGAGAUACUCAUCAUCUUUCAAAUGUUCUUUGUGACGUUGUUUUUCAAGAUGUUCAGAGUGUUACUGCCAAAGUCGAAAAAAUCUGUCAAAGGAAACGUUGUACUGAUCACUGGCUCAGGCAGGGGCCUCGGCCGUGAACUGGCCUUAAUGUUCGCCCAUCUCGGCGCCAAAGUGGCGUGCGUCGACGUGGACCAGACGAGCAACGAAGACACGGUCAAGCUGAUCGAGUCUAAGGUGCCGGGUGCGUCGGCCAAGGCUUACACUGUAAACGUGGCCGUCAGCUCCGAAACGGCCGCGCUGGCCGUCAAGGUGGAACUCGACCUGGGCCCGGUGGACGUGCUCAUCAACAACGCGGCCGUCAUCGUCGGCCACACGUUCCUGGGCGCCCAGGACCACACGAUUUCCACCAUCAUCAACAUAAACCUGCUCGGACACUUUUGGAUGAUACGAUCGUUCUUGCCAAGUAUGAUGAAGAGAAACAGCGGUCACAUUGUAGCGAUUUCGUCGAUUUCGUCUCUCAGCGGCGAGGCCAAAUUAUCGGCUUACACGGCUAGCAAGUGGGGUGUUAAUGGAAUGAUGGAAAGUCUUAGAGAGGAACUCAGGGACCAUUCGCACAACAAAAUCCAUACCACUGUUGUGAUACCACGACUAAUUAACACGAGUGCUGAUUAUAUGAAAUCCAUCAACAGCAGGUUGCCGGUGUUGAGCGUGGAAAGUGCCGCUAAAGCUACAGUCAACGGGAUUUUGACGAACGAAGUUGAAUUCACUAUUCCUCAUAUAACGUAUUUCACAAAUAUUAUACGGAAACUUUUCCCCAUCAAUAUUUCGGAUUCGAUAAAAAAUAUUUUCUACGUGAAAGUCUUGUUGCCUACACAAGAAGACCAGGACAGUCUGCCCAACAUGUCAAUCAUUAAUCGUACAGUAGCUACUAACUGAAAACAAUACGUUUAUGUAUGCACGUUCAUUUAUGUAAAAAUAACAUCGUAUCUUGUAUGUUAUAACGGUAAUACGAAAAUAAAUCUCGCCACACUUACUUUGAAGUUUGAACCGAUACCGUAUAAUAUUAUAUACGUUUUUAUUUUAAUUAAUUAUUAAAUUUGGCUGAUAGGUAUAGAAUUUCAUAUUAGUUAAGACUGUCAUAUAUUAUGGGUAAAUUAUAAUAUAUUUUAUAGCUAUUAUUUCAUUAAUUAUAUGAAUGGGUAUUUUAAGUAUUUUAAAAAUGUCAAAAUGUCUGUAAUCCUUACGUGUUUAUUUAUUAGGUACCUAUUAAAGUAAUGCAAACAAU